ACUACCUGGGGGGUCCUGGACCCUCCUUUAGGAAACACUCGUUUGCAUGUAGUGAAGCUGCUGGCCAGCUCAUUGGGUACAAACAACACAGCACUGCAGGAUGAGAUCAUUGAACUUGGGGUCCUUGACACUAUGUUGGAUCUCUAUUUCAAGUAUACCUACAACAACUUCUUGCAUGCCCAGAUAGAGGCCUGCCUUAGCAACAUUUUCAGCCCUCUUGUUGGAGAUGAAACAAUAGAGAACCACUCGGAGCCCCACCCAGAGAGUCCAGUCAUCCAACAUUUGCUGCAGAAAUGUCGCUUAAUCCAAAGAAUUUUAUCGGCCUGGGAGGAGAAUGAGCAGUCUCAAUUGGAUGGGGGAAGACGCAAGGGCUACAUGGGGCACCUCACCCGGAUUGCCAAUGCCUUAUCUCAAGGCUCUGAGAAGUGGCCUCACUCAAAUCUCAUCAAGCAGCUCAUAAAAGAGAUGCCUGAAGAAGACCAAGAACAAUGGGAAAAAUUUGUCUCCGGACCUUUAUCAGAAACCAAUAAGAAGAACACUGUGGAUCUA